UCACUUGCACUUUCUCCCGGCCUUUGCAAUGCAGCAAGACGCUGCCUGAUCCCGAGCGGAGGCGAAGGGGGAACGGACCCAGCGAUCGCAUCUACUUGGGCUCAUGGAGAGCACCAGUGUUAAGCACGUCUAUGCAGGUCCCGCACAUCUUCAGCAACCAACCAUCGUCUCUUCCAUGAAGGAUCAGAGCGGCCGACAAGAGCUGAUGGUCAAGCUGACGGAAGGGCAGUAUGUCUUGUGCCGAUGGACUGAUGGGCUCUACUACCUUGGGAAGAUCAAGAGGGUGAGUGGCUCCAAGCAAAGUUGCCUGGUGACCUUUGAAGAUAAUUCCAAAUAUUGGGUGCUUUGGAAGGACAUCCAGCAUGCUGGCGUACCAGGUGAAGAACCCAAGUGUAACAUCUGUCUUGGAAAGACGACAGGCCCCUUAAAUGACAUCUUGAUAUGCGGAAAAUGUGGUCUAGGUUAUCAUCAACAGUGUCACAUUCCAGUUGUGGGCAGUUGCGAAGGCUCCUUGGUGACGCCUUGGUUCUGCCGGAGGUGCAUCUUCGCCUUGGCUGUGCGGAAAGGUGGGGCCCUGAAGAAAGGAGCCAUCGCCAGGACCCUGCAAAUGGUCAAGAUGGUUUUGUCAUACAACCCGGAGCAGCUAGAGUGGGAUUCGCCUCACAGAACCAAUCAGCAGCAGUGUUACUGUUACUGUGGAGGCCCUGGCGAAUGGUACUUGAAGAUGCUGCAGUGUUACCGCUGCCGGCAAUGGUUCCAUGAAGCUUGCACGCAGUGCCUUAGUGAUCCUAUGAUGUUUGGUGACCGAUUUUAUGUUUUUUACUGCUCGGUGUGUAACCAGGGCCCAGAAUACAUCAAACGCCUGCCUUUGAGAUGGGUUGACGUUGUGCACCUCGUGCUCUAUAACUUGGGCGUGCAGAGCAAGAAGAAAUACUUUGACUUCGAGGAAAUCUUAGCCUUUGUCAAUCACCACUGGGACCUUUUGCAGCUCGGGAAGCUGACUGGGACCCCCGUGGCAGAGCGAAGUGCUUACCUUCUGGAUGCACUGAACAGCUACAAAAGCAGAUUUCUCUGUGGUAAGGAAAUCAAGAAGAAAAAAUGUAUCUUCCGUUUGCGCAUCCGGGUCCCACCCAACCCACCUAGCAAACUCCUUCCGGAGAAGGUUGAUAGCAGAAUCUCUGAACCGAAGAAAGGAGGAGGGAGCAAGCAUUCCCAUAAAAGCAGUUCACUGCCACAUGAGCUCCAGCAGGAACGAAGGCAGGCGGCCCGGAGGAAAAGAUCCAAAUUUCUCUUGGAAGAUGCUAUCCCCAGUAGUGAUUUUGCCUCUGCUUGGAGCACAAACCAUCACCUGGCCAGCAUCUUUGAUUUUACUUUGGAUGAAAUUCAGAGUUUGAAAAGUGCAAGUUCGAGCCACACAUUCCUCUCAGAUGUAGAUUCCACGGAUGCUGUCAGCACUUCAGGUUCAGCCACAACCAGCCUAUCUUAUGAAUCAAGCAGAAGGAAUGUGGGCAGUCGGAAGCGGAAACUGUCAGUUAAGACCUACAAAGCAAUAGAAGCAAAGCAGAAAUGCUUGGAACACCCCCAGAGAACCACGCCCGGUUGCUCUUCAGAGGAUAGCGAGGCAGCCUGUGGUCCUGAUCGCCUUGACGCCGCCAUUGACAGCCAUACCUUUGAGAGCAUGAGCGAAGACGACUCGUCUCUCUCACACCUCAAGUCGUCCAUCAACAACUAUUUUGGUGCUGCUGGGCGGCUAGUGUGUGGGGAGAAGUAUCAUGUGUUGGCUCGUAGGGUGACCCCUGAAGGCAAAGUGGAGUACUUGGUGGAAUGGGAGGGGACCACUCCCUACUGAGAUGUCCGGUCAGGCCUUGAGAAAGGGAGGGCAUCGACGCAAGAAAGUCAUGGGAUUGGAAGCUGGAUUGGGCGGUGACUGUCAUAGAGAUCUCUCCCUAACACUUAUUUUGGAAAUCUUGGCCAAGUGUCCCCAUCACAGUACCCACUGCGGUGCUAGGAGAGACCUAGAUCAGGUACAGUCGGAGAGGCCUUGUUGGGAAAUGUGACUGUGUCAUGAGUUGGAAAGAAUUCGUAUUGCUUUUAAUGCUGCUUCUUUGUGAGGGGACGAGGAAGGGGUGGGUGGGGCCAGUACAAACAAUACUGUCUCCAGUCAUGUUCACAUGAACAGGCCCUUUCCCUAAGGAAUCUGCUUUUGUUUCCUGGUGACAAAUAGGGUAAUUGAGACAACUUUGUGGAAUGAAAAGGUGGUUGAAACCAACUAGUUGUCAAGAAACAAAGGUCCACCAUCUUGCCAAAUACAGGAAGGAGACUGAAUGGUGUAAGAAUGGUGACAGGUGUGAGCUGUGAGGUCCUGGGUUCAAACCUUGCCCCAGUCCUGAACUUGUUAGGGAGGAAGGCUACAACACUUUCAGUUUUGGCCCCUUCUCGCCCCCGCACCCCAGCCUGGUGAUAUUGGCCUAACCUACAGGGGCUGCUUUAAAGAUGACUGAAAUAAUGUACCAGAAGAGCUUUGAGCACUUGUCAACGUGUUAAUAUGUUACAGUCUGUAGAAAGCUGCUUGGCAAAGAGCUUCACACCAUCUCCACCUCUGUGGAAAAGAAUGGAAAAUAUGCUGCUACAGUGGAUAACCAAACCCAGCUAUUAAGUCUAUACUAGAUACGAUUUUAAUUUGAUUUGAGAAUGAGGACUGGAGUCAGUUUGCAGCACUUCAAAAUACGUGUCCGACCCCUGAAACCCUGACAGGAGAACAGCAUCCUCAUUGAGGAUGUUGAACAAAGAUGACCUAUCUGAGAGAAAGAACAUGCUCAGGGUCUCACCACACAAGACAAAAUACACUCGAAUUGCACAGGUAAUUCAAGUGUAUUUUGUCUUGUGUGGGAGGUCAUUCGAAGGAUCCCCCUAGAGCUCCUAGUAUCCUUACUUUCCAGAGAUAGCAACUUAUUUUUUGCUUUCUGUGGUGGGCACAGGCAUUCUGGAAAAGGGCACCAUACUCACAGCCAACAGCUUACAAGUAGAGGGCAUGUACUCCACUCAUUUUCAAAAAAGGGUAUUUCUCCCUCUUUCCCUUUAACUCCCCUCUUUUCAUUUCCAUGCUCACUUUUGAUACAAUGAUUUUUAAGCCACUCGUUUUGUGUGGUGAAUAUCCUCUCUCACAGAAAGGUCUUGCUGACUGAUUUGCGGUCAGAAUUUUUGAGGUAUUUCUACCACAGGUAGACCACCACCCCCACGCGCACACAGGUAGACCUUACACUGACUGACUGCUCCAUGGGGGAAGAGGGUAGAUAUCCAUACCAUUCAGAUGCUUCUAGAGUAGCGAGAAAGCUGGGCUUCUCACUGACUGACUCACUCAGUCAGUGAGACUGAGUUGUUGUGGCACUUCUGGAAAACUGACAUUUGAUGGGCACAUCAUCUGAGAUAAUUCGCAAGGGAUAUCCAUGUUAGGCUCUGCUUGUAGUCUGAGAUAAUCUGAUUAUGAAAAAAGUCUGAUGCAAAUGUUUGACUCUGUCUCUUAGUAGUGUUGUUGUUGCCAAUGCAACCCAGAGCGCUGUGGCAGACGUGUUAAAGUGACUUGUACCCUUUUAUGAGUGCCUAUAUGCAACCUUUUUAAAACAAAAAUCAUCACCAGAAGAGGGAAUUUGCAAAGCCUUCUUCUACCUUAAUUGAUUUCAUUUGCAUGUUCCUGUUGCACAUAAUACUUUUAGGCACUGCAGCUUAGCUGACUAAUCUGUCCUAAGGAGAGAAAUGUGUGGCCUCUAAAAAGGUAUUUGUGUUUUUGGGUUUUUUUUGCAUUGGUUUGGAUUUAUCUUUCUAAUGCUUCUGUGCACCUUCUUAAAGGAAAAAAAAAGAUCUACAGUCUCUCAAGUUGCUGCUUUCUAAUAACUGACUUUUGUUUGUUAUAUUCAAGUUGUAAUUAAUAUGUCUGAUGUACCAUUAAAGUCCUUUUUUAACUUUUCCAGGGAGUUGUGUUGUCAGAAUAGAGGUGGCUGCUUCAGGAAGGCGGAC